AUGGAUAGUAGGAGGCGUGAAAGUAAGACGGAAGCAAGUAGCAGAGAGAAACGGAUAUAUGAGAAGGAUCAGAUGAAUCAAGAGUCUUUUAUUGAGGAAUUGGCAGAAGAGUUUCGAUUGCCAAUGACACACAGGGUUACUGAAAACGUUGACCUCGAGGAUGUGGAGCAAGCAUCACUAGACACGAUGAUAUCAUCUUCAAACGUCGGGUUUCGUCUUCUUCAGAAAAUGGGCUGGAAAGGAAAAGGUCUCGGAAAGCAAGAGCAAGGCAUCACGGAGCCGAUAAAAUCCGGCAUCAGGGAUCGAAGACUCGGGCUAGGAAAGCAAGAAGAGGACGAUUAUUUCACUGCGGAGGAAAAUAUCCAGCGGAAGAAGCUUGAUAUAGAGAUGGAGGAGACGGAGGAAAUCGCAAAGAAACGGGAGGUCCUAGCAGAACGUGAGCAGAAGAUCCAGAGCGAUGUCAAAGAAAUCCGUAAAGUCUUCUUUUGUGAACUCUGCAGCAAACAGUAUAGAACCGUGAUGGAGUUUGAAGGUCACUUGAGCUCAUACGAUCACAACCACAAGAAGCGGUUCAAAGAAAUGAAAGAAAUGCACGGUACAAGCAGCCGCGAUGAUAGGAAGAAGCGAGAGCAGCAGCGUCAAGAGAGGGAGAUGACUAAAAUGGCUGAUGCUCGUAAACAGCAGCAGAUUCAACAGAACCAGCAAGAAGAAGAAAACCCAGAGAAUGUCCCGGUUUCAUUACCUGCUAAGACCACGGCACCACCACUUGCUGUCCAAGAUCAGCGUAAAACAUUGAAGUUUGGCUUUUCUUCCAAAAGCGGCACUAUAUCAAAGAGCCAACAACCCACGAGCAGCAACAAGAAGCCUAAAGUAGCGAUUGCAUCGGUUUUUGGCAACGAUAGCGACGAAGAUUAA